GUUGUAAGUACUGUGCCCCCAACUAUAAAUGAUUCUAGAUCCACCACUUAUAUUAUGUUCUUACUUCCAACCCGUUCUCUCUGUUCUUGUUUUCCUAUGUCUACACUCGUGGCCUCACUUUUGUUCGUACUCUUCCACUUUUUAAGCUUCUCUGUUCAAGCUCAGAGUGGCGAAUCGGAGACACCACCACCAACAACAGAGUUCAUUUUCAAAGGUUUUAGGGAAAACAACAACUCGGAGAUUCAAACAGAAGGAGCAGCUGCCAUCAAACCCGAUGGACUACUGAGACUCACCGAUGGAAACUUAAGCGUCACUGGAACAGCGUUCUACCGCAAACCGGUGAGGCUGCUUGACCAUAGCAGCAACCUCAAUCACUCAAAAGUUUGUUCGUUUAGCACUUCUUUCGUCUUCACUUUAGUCCCUUCCAGCUCUACCAACGGAGGUGGUUUCGGCUUCACCUUCACACUAUCUCCCACCCCAAACCGUCCAGGCGCCGGCUCUGGCCAAUACUUUGGACUUCUCAACGAGACCAACGACGGGAACCCAACGAACCACGUUUUCGCAGUCGAGUUCGACACUAUACAAGGGUUUAAGGACGGUACUCAUGCAACAACAGGCAAUCACAUCGGUUUGAAUUUUAACAGUGUCACCUCGGAUGUCCAGGUCCCGGUAGCUUAUACAACUGAAGAUGAAGUAAAAGAAGAGGGUUUCCAGCUCGAACCAAUCAUAAUCCGUUUGGAUUACAACGGACAAAACCAAGUGCUGAGUUUGAUCGUUUCCUUUGCCAAACUUCCAAUCGCCCCAUCAACCCCAUUCAUCUCCCAUGUUGUUCCAAAACUGUCGGAGAUCGUGCAAGAAGAAAUGUAUGUUGGAUUCACAGCAGCCACAGGAAAAGAUAGGUCGAGUGCUCAUUAUUUGAUGGGUUGGAGUUUCAGAAGCUGUCGAGAUGGUUUAACUGCAGACAGUCUAGUUUUACAGGAACUUCCUCUUUGGCAACAGCUCAAGAAUAAAGAUAAUCAAUCCACAGUCACAAAGAUUCUCAUAGGUUAGAUACCUAACCACAA